CCGCCCAUGCUUCCGGUUUGGCUCCGGUCUGCGGGGCAGCGGGGCUGCAGGCGGCUUUGGGAGUCAGUGACCUUCGAGGAUGUGGCCGUGUACUUCACCCAGAGUCAAUGGGCCAGCCUGGACCCUGCACAAAGGGCCCUGUACAGGGAGGUGAUGCUAGAGAAUUACGCAAAUAUGGCUUCCUUGGCAGCAUUUCCAUUCCUCAAACCAGAUCUGAUAUUCCAGCUGGAGCGAGGGGAAGCACCAUGGGGCCCAGAUCCCUGGACACUGGUUCGCAGCGAGGCCCUGAGAGGUGUCUGCACAGGUUGUAAGACCAAGCCUGACAUUGAGGACCCACCUCAAAAGCUGAACAUUUCUGAAGAAUCGAAAUCCCCUCCACUGAUAUUGGAGAGGCUGCUGAUGGAUGUCCCCCAGCAUCCUCACUUCGGGAACAGGAGGGAGAAGCCACACUUCUAUGACACAGGGAAGAAAACAAAGUCAAAGAAAGGAAAUUUUGCAGAUUCGCGAGCCCAGGAUUUUAAACCCACCACUGUUGACAGAGAGGAGAUAGCCAGGAAAUUGGGAAGAAGCAGGAGUGCCAGCACCCAUCUCAUUUCAAGGCAGAGCCUUCCUAGAGAACAGAUGUUUUAUAAAUGUGGUGAGUGUGGCAGAAAUUUCAGCCAGUAUUCAGACCUUUCCCAGCACCAGAGAAUUCACACUGAUGAGAAGCCAUACCAAUGCAAUGAAUGUGGGAAAGCCUUCAGGUGUAACUCAAAGCUGUUACGGCAUCAGAACAUCCACACUGGGGAGAAACCUUACUCGUGUCAGGAAUGUGGACAAGCGUUCAGUCAAAAUUCCCACCUCAUUCAGCAUCAGAAACGUCAUAGUGGCGAGCAGCCCUACAAAUGUAAGGACUGUGGGAAAACCUUCAGCUACAACUCAAAACUAAUCCGGCAUCAGAGAAUCCACACUGGGGAGAAACCCUUUAAAUGUAAGGUGUGUGGGAAGGCAUUCAGGUGUAGCUAUGACUGCAUCAUCCAUGAGCGAAUUCACACUGGGGAGAAGCCCUAUGAAUGUCAGGAGUGUGGGAAAAGGUUCAGUUCUAAUUCAGUCUUGAUUCAGCAUCACAGGAUCCACACUGGGGAGAAACCUUACGAAUGUAAAGAGUGCGGCAAGGCCUUCCGCCGGAGUUGGGUAUUUCUUCAGCAUCAGAGGUUCCACACUGGGGAAAGACUCUAUAAAUGUAAUGAAUGUUGGAAAACUUUCAGUUGUAGCUCACACUUUAUAGUACAUCAGAGAACCCACACUGGGGAGAGACCAUUUGAAUGCCAGGAGUGUGGGAAGGCAUUCAAUCAGAAAACCACCCUGGUUCAGCAUCAGCGAGUUCACACUGGGGAGAAACCUUACGAGUGUAAGGUGUGUGGGAAAGCUUUCAAAUGGAGUGCAAGCUACAUUCAACAUCAGAAAUUGCAUGCAAGGCAGACACCUGUCCAAGGGCCAUCCCUGGUGGAGCCCCACUGUCCCUCUGAAGUCCUCUCCCCUCGGCCUUUCCAACAUGUGUGCUCUGCCCCCACCAUCCCAGGGACUCCCCCAUCAUCUCUGCAUGCAGUGCUACUUCCACCCUCGAUGCCUCUCUUCAUGCUGUUCCCCUCAUCUGAAAUGGCCACUUUUUCACCUGUCCAGAUAGUACAUUUCUUUCAGGAUCUUGCUUAUCCUGAAACUCUCUUACUCCCCGUCAGCACCUUCAUCUCAACUUCCAUUGCACCUAGAGUUGUCCGGAUCAUGUCUUUGUGUAUACUCUUCUGGUCUUGUGUAAGUCAUUAUUGUUUUCCCAACUCCAUUUUAUUUUCUCACACUUAAGGACUAUGUUUGAUUACUCCCUUUUAUCCCUGGGUAGGAGGUGGCAGGAUUCGUUCUUUAUAGUGUCCAGUUUUAACCAUCUGUUUGCACCUGCCUUUGGGGGCUACUGAAGUUGGAAGAGUUUGCAGAACAUUUUGGGUUUUAGGGGAUCAUGAUCAUUAGGGGACCAUUAUAAUUAGAGAAACAGGGGAAAUGCAAAGCCCAUAAGAGGAGGUAAUCAGAAAAAGUCUCCAGUGGUUAAACUUUUAGGAUUUAGGAAGGUCCAUUUGGUGAACCACUGAGGCUCACUGUGGGUGAAUGCCUAAAUUUUUUAUUACCCUGGUAAUGAUCAUUAUGAGGGUCCUAAGUAACUGCGAUAGACCAAGGAAAUAACCACCAAAAAGAAUAUAGAGUGGUGAGUACACAUUGAAAGCAAUAAUGAAAAAUUAUAUUUUUAAACUUGAUUGGGAGGGGAUGUGGUUUUUCUAUGUGGGUUCCUUUUUAUUCCCAUCCAGAUGACUAAUUUCAGUGCCCACUCAAAUAUGUAGGGACCUAAUACUAAUAGUCCGUAGGAGUCCUGUUGGUGCAGUGGUUAAAUGCUUGGUUACUAACUGAAAGGUCGGUGGUUCUAACCCACCAGCUGCUCUGCUGUAGAAAGAUGUGGCUUCUCUAAAGAUUACAGCCUUGGAAGCCCUAUGGGACAGUUCUCUGUCCCAUAGGGUUGCUGUUAUCGAUUGAAUUGUGUCCCCCUAAAAUGUGCGUUGACUUGGCUAGGCCAUGAUUCUCACUAUUGUGUGAUUGGCCACUAUUUUGUCAUCUGAUGUGAUUUUCCUGUGUGUUGUAAAUCCUGCCUCUGUGGUGUUAAUGAGGAAGGAUUAGAGGCAGUUAAAUUAAUGAGACAACUCAAUCUAUAAGAUUAGGUGGUGUCUUGAGUCAGUCUCUGUUGAGAUAUAAAAAAGAGAAGCGAGCAGAGAGACAAGGGGAUCUCAUUACCACCAGGCAAGAAGAGCCAGGACUGCACAUCCUUUGGACCCAUGGUCCCUGUGCUGAAAAGCUCCUAUACCAGGGGAAGAUUGAUGACAAGGACCUUCUCCCAGGGCUGACAGAGAGAGAAAGCCUUCCCCUGGAGCUGGCACCCUGAAUUCAGACUUCUAGCCUCCUGAACUGUGAAAGAAUAAACUUAUGUUUGUUAAAGCCAUCCACUUGUGGUAUUUCUGUUGCAGCAGCACUAGAUGACCAAGGCAGUCACUAUGAGUCAGAAUCGACUAGGUGGCAAUGGAUUUACACUAAUAGUCCACACUUGCCUUUGUGCCCAUGGAACUUAGAAGAUUUAGAUAACACAUUGAGAAUAUUAGGGUAGUUGAGAGUGUAUCUGGGAGUCUGCUGGGCUGCUAACCAAAAGGUUGCUGGUCCGAACCCACCUAGAGGGACCUUGGAAGAAAGGCCUGGCAAUCUGCUUCUGAAAGGUCACAGCCAUGAAAACCCUGUGUAGUGCAGUUCUCCUCUGUAACACACAGGGUCACCAUGAGUCAGGGAAGUCGAUAGCAACUGUUUUUUGUUUUUUUCUUUUUUUUGAGAGUGAAUCUAAAAGGAACAGGAAGAGGACUACAAAACCAAUGGGAUUCUUAUGUCUUAAAUUUUUUGUGCCAGUCCUUGGUAGGUAGAUGGUUUAUUAUAUACGUAAAAACAAAAACAAAAACCUUGAUCAUGGUAGUAGACUUCGGAGAUCCACCUCACAGCAAGAUGGUGGCUUUUUAUCAAUGAUCAGAUAAAAGAGAACAGGGGCCCAUAAAGAAUAAUGCCUUUAUUAUUAUUUAUGUAAGACAGGGAAUGUAACAUCUUUGACUGAGAGGGGGAAAAAAAAAAAAAAAACCCAGAAACUCUGUAGCAAACCUUACAUUCAAGAAGGAAAAUGUAAAAGACCGCUUCUGCAACAUUUAAUAAAAAUCAAGUUGCCAGACACUUGAGGACUAAUGGAAUUGAUUUUAAAAAUAGGUUUUAGGCUUAUAGUCAGAACAGGAACAUUGGGUGAAUGAAAAAAAACAGGCUGAUGGAUGGAAGGAAAGGGAUUUCCUUAGAAGAAAGCUUGAGUUCAUAAAAGCCAAACCAGGAAGAUAUAUAAAGGAAUAGGACAUCUCCAUUGAUGAUUGUCCCUAAAGGUGUGACUGAACAUCUUAUUUGAGGGUGUUCUCCAGCAAUAGAAGGAAGAAUGAGGAGACAUCAUAUCCAGGACACCAUGGUCCCAUUGUGGGAAAAUACUGAAGACUCAGGAUGACAGUUGUGCAGCAGGGCUGAAAACUCAUAUCAAGGAGAGAGUGGAAAUUUUAAGACACCAUAAAGUUGGAUGAUGAAUAAGGAACACUGAAGAAGAACUGACACCUUUUAAUUGUGUUGGCGAAGAAUAUUGACUAUACUAUGGACUGCUAAAAGAACGAACAAAUCUGUCUUGGAAGAAGUACAACCAGAAUACUCCUUAGAACCAAGGAUGGCGAGACUACAUCUCACAUACUUUGGACAUGUUAUCAAGAGGGAUCAGUCCCUGGAGAAGGACAUCAUGCUUGGUAAAGUAGAGGGUCAGCAAAAAAGAGAAAGACCCUCAAUGAGAUGAGAUUGACACAGUGGCUGCAACAGUGGGCUCAAGCAUAACAACGAUUGUGAGGAUGGCACAGGACCAGGUAGUGUUUCAUUCUGUUGGACAUAGGAUUGCUAUGAGCCAGAACUGACUCGACGGCACCUAACAACAACAAAGUCAAGUAGUGGAAAGACAAUUAGAAAUUCAAACAAACAAACAUUAUACAAUAAAGGAAAUGUAAUAUUAGUAUACCA